AUGCGAUCCGCUGCUAUUUUCACAGCUCUCCUGGCGGGCCAGGCCUUUGCUUACCCAAAGCCGGUCAUUCAGUCCUACAACAAGCGGGACUGGCCUUCAAUCAAUGCCUUCCUCACCGAGAUUGCCAAGAUUAUGCCCAUUGGAGAUACCGUCACGGCUGCUUGCGAUCUGAUUGGAGAUGGUGAAGACAUUGCUGCCGAUCUUUUCGGUAUCUCUGAAACUGAGAACGAGGCUUGUGGCGACGUAACCGUCUUGUUUGCUCGCGGUACUUGCGACCCGGGCAACGUCGGAGUACUUGUCGGACCUUUCUUCUUCAAUUCGCUGCAAAACGCACUUGGCAGCACAUCUCUUGGUGUUCAAGGCUUCAACUACCCUGCGAGUGUUCAGGGUUUCCUGUCUGGAGCGGUCCAGCCGGGCAUUGACUUGGCCACCCAAAUCACAUCCGUCACAAAGAGCUGCCCGAACACUAAGCUUGUCGUUGGUGGCUACUCCCAAGGCAGCUUGGUCGUCCACAACGCUGUGGGCCACCUCGAUGCAGCAACCGCCUCCAAGAUCAGCGCCGUGGUUCUCUUUGGAGAUCCAAGAGACGGACAGGCUCUCCCCAACGUUGAUGCUUCAAAGGUCCUGACCGUCUGCCACGAUGGAGACAACAUCUGUGCUGGUGGAGACAUCAUCCUGCUCCCACACUUGACAUAUGCUGAGGAUGCAGAUACCGCUGCUGCCUUUGUUGCAUCUAUUGUGUGA